AUAGUGAAUAGCAGGGUCCAGGGAGUACCGGAUAUAGUGGAUGCAGGGUGCGGUGAGAGCGGAUAUAGUGAAUUCAGGGUCCGGCGGAGACCGGAUAUAGUGAAUGCAGGGGUCGGGAGAGUACCAGAUAUAGUGAAUUGCAGGGUCCGGGGAGACCCAGAUAUAGUGAAUGCAGGGUCCGGGGAGACCGGAUAUAGUGAAUGCAAGGUCCGGGAGAGCAGAUAUAGUGAAUGCAGGGUCCUGGGAGAGUGGAUAUAGUGAAUGCAGGGUCCGGGAGAGCAGAUAUAGUGAAUGCAGGGUCCGGUGGAGAUCGGAUAUAGUGAAUGCAGGGGUCCAGGGAGACCGGAUAUAGUGGAUGCAGGGUGCGGUGAGAGAGGAUAUAGUGAAUGCAGGGUCCGGGGAGAGCGGAUAUGAGUGGAAUGCAGGGUCUGGGGAGAGCAGAUAUAGUGAAUGCACGGGGUCCGGGAGACCGGAUAUAGUGAAUGCAGGGUUUGGGAGACAGCAGAUAUAGUGAAUGCAGGGUCCGAGGAGACCAGAUAUAGUGAAUGCAGGGUCCGGGGAGAGCGGAUAUAGUAAAUG